AUCCCGUGCGGCACGUUGAACUUGGACAAACACGAGCGAGUAAGUGAGCUUCCAUAAUGUGGGGCGAAUAAAAGAACAUUGGGAACAGGCGAUUGUGACGCGAGGACAGGCCUGACGUUUACAGAGGAAACAGUAUAUUGACAUACAGGAUCAUAUUGCGCAGUGAGGAUGGCGGGAACCACUUAUACUAACGUCAAAGAAGGAAAUACCUUUCUGGACCACAUCACAGAGAAAGGGUUGGAUAACAAGAGCAUUAUCAACAGGUUCGACAAAGUCAGUGGCGAGUACAAUGAGGCAUUAAGGUCUGUGGAUUUUAUGGGUCCGAGGUCCCUUGCUGGAAUCCUGGCGGAAUUGCAUCCCAGCGACCGAGAGAAUGUCCGAGUGUUGGACUUGGCGGCAGGGACGGGAUUGGUCGCGAUUGAGCUGAAGAAGAAGGGCUUCGUCAGUACUGAUGGGCUGGAGCCGUCAGAGGGGAUGCUGGCUGAGGCUAAAAGAAACAACUUAUACGGACGCUACAUCUGCGACAUGGUUGGGGAAAACACCUUUGAUAUUGAAACUGAUACCUAUUCUGCAAUUACUAUGUCUGCGUUGAGUUUAGAGAUUUUCAAGAAACUGCCAGUGAAAGCCCUAGAGGAGAUGGCACGUGUCGUGAAGCCAGGAGGUCACAUCUUGAUGACGCAGUAUGACUUCGCCUUCGACAGCGAGGUUCUCAAGGCCAGUUUAAGUAACCUAGAAGAUCGGGGCGUAUGGAAGUUGAUUGAAAUGAGGCCAGUUCCUGACUUUACUAAGGGCAAAGACGGUCUUGUGUCGGUUCAUCAAGUAUUGAAGUGACAACAGGUUAAGUCAAAACAACACUCAGUAAUGCAUUACUCAAUACUGUAUUAAGUCUUAGCAACAGAAACUAUGAUGUGUUGAUGUGUUGAACUGGAAUAAACGGAGUAAAGUCAAA